ACGGAAGUGAAUCUUCAUCCUUUUGCUGCACUGUCAGUCUGAAGUUUUUCCAAGAGAGCAAUGAAAAACAACAAAAAAUAAUACACGUGGUUUAAUUUUGACACGUCGGAGUAUUCCCGAAUCAGCUUUAUUGGCCAAGCGUGUCAAAACACACACACACAAGGAAUUUUUCUCCGGCAGUCGCUGCUGCCGGGCCUCGGUGCGACAUUUGGGUUUCUCGGAACUUUUCGGGAACGCGAUUUCACAAUUGACAUCUGGUCGUUCAUCCAACUUCAAUGGACAAAAAUUGGGAUAUUUGCACGGGUUUCUGGCGCUUUUUGACCUUCAAGUUGGGCAAAUUCCAAUUUCCGCCACUCAGCGUUGGAAUAUUUAUUCUCCCGUGUGUGUUGUCCUCGUUGCACUUUGGUGUCAGAAGUGGUUGUGUGCAUUCAUCCAGUACAAGAUUGUCAAUUGGAAUGGAGCAAAAUCCGCCAUUUUCUGGGCUUACCGAUGACCCCAAAAUCUUGGGGAAAUGUGCAGCAGUAUUUUACAGGUUUAAAUUCAUAUUUUACAGUGACCACUAAUGUAAGUGUUUUAACAGUGGAUUGCGGGAGUGGGUCGGUCUCCCAGGUCGGAGGAUCGGGGUUCGAACCCCACCCGUAUGGAGUUGGCGUGUUCUCAGAGUGCCCGCGUGACGUUUUGUUCCCCGAAACACGCUUGCCGCGUGCCCGUCGCGCCCGUUUGGUUCUCCGUGCCCUGCGGUCGUCUGGCGACCGGUCGAGGGUGACGAAGACGGCUGGCGCGCUUUUGGCAGCGGCUGUUGUGAGCAGACCUACCCAGAAUGCAUUGCGACAAACUCGGCUCAACUCAUUCUCCAGCAAUAUCAUCGCAGACAAUAAUAUUUGGAAUCUUUUGAACAACUAUUUCUACAAUAUAUGUUUUGAGUACUCAUCUUCUGAGCCUCUCACAGGGGUGCCCGAGCCCAUCCCAGCUGUCACCGGGCAUGAGGUGGGGUACACCCUGAAUCGGUCGCCAGCCAAUGGCAGGGCGCGUGUAGAUCAUCACCCACGGGGGCAAUUUAGAGUCUCCGAUCAACGGCUGUUUUUGGUCGCCGUGACAGCAUCCUUACUUACGUCACAAUAUUGUACACGGCGAGCCGUUGGUACGCCGGAGAGGGAAGCUGCGUGCGAGCAGAAGAGCGGCGGCACCAGCAGACAUGAAGCCGAUUCGUCGGGCACGCCCGCCCCGAACGGGAGAAUGCGGCCCGUCGGGUUCUCCGGAAACCGGUCGGACUGGACCGGCUUUUCUGUCGCGGACGGGAAGGGAGGCCGCCGCCUCAUCUCCGUCUUGGUCGCGGCAGCGGCAACAUGGCGGUCGACAUGAGCAAAAACGGCGCAGAGCUGAUGGCGGCCUACAGGGACGUGGUGGACGGACGCUCCGACACCAACUGGUCGGUCAAGUGGGGUAACUCCGACGACUAUCCCACGUGCGCGCGACUAUCGUGGAUGUGUGCGCCUUUCAGGGUUUUGUUCACCUACGAGGGCAACAGCAACGUCAUCCGUGUGGCGGGAAAAGGAGGGGGCGGUCUGGAGGAGAUGGCGGAAGAGCUGAACAGCGGCAAGGUGAUGUACGGCUUCUGUCGGGUGCAGGAACCCAACUCGGGCCUGCCCAAAUACGUGCUGGUCAACUGGACAGGCGAAGGCGUGAAGGAAACCCACAAAGGACUCUGCGCUCAUCACUUGAGUACGGUCGCCAACUUCCUGAAGGGCGCCCACGUGACCGUCAACGCUCGCGACGAGGACGACGUGGACCCCGACGUGGUUUUGUCCAAAGUCUCUAAAGCGUCGGGAGCCAACUCCAUCCGGGCCGAGAGCGCGAGUCCACGGGCCGCGGACGUCCCGCGAGGUGCCGCGGCUUCGGUCUAUCGCAAAACAAACGCCGCCGAGGAAAUUCGACAAAUCGACAAAGAUUCUUUUUGGACCCGAGAACAGAGGGAGGAGGAGGAGCGGCGCCGAGCGGAGGCCCGGAAGGCCGAGCUGCAGAGGCGGGCGGCCGAGAAAGAACGCGGCGACCUGGACCAGAAACACGCCGAGGCGCGCGAGAAGAGCGUACAGCAGAGGAACGUCGCCAUCGAGCGCAACAGAAUUCUGCAGAAGCAAAGAGAAAAAGAAGAGCGAGAGAAAGAAGAACAGCGACGGAACGUGCGGGACGAAGCCGAGACGGGCCCGGGGGGCCUCACCCCGGCCGCCUCGGUGCAGGCCGCCAACGAGGCCAAAGCGCUGAUCGCGCAGCGCUCCUUCAACCCUCGCGACGUCUUCCGGACGACUUCGGAGUUCGGCGACCGAGGCGCCGCGCCCGCGGUCGGGAAGCCGCAAAGUCCAUUUUUGUCCCAGCGAGCCUUUGACGGCCUUCGGCCUCCCUCUGAGCACAAAGUGUCUCCAGCCUCGGAGGUCGCGCCCGCCCCCCGGACCGAGACCGCGCCCGCUCGGGAACCCCUCCCGGCCUUCGACUUUCCCACCGUUCACCGACCGUCGGUCGGCCAAAGCGCGCCGUUCUCCCGGACCGCGACCUCCUCGCCUCCCGCCGUCACGACCUCAACCGACGUCUUCCUCUCACGGGCGGCGGCGACCGCCUCCUCGCCCGCCGGGGGGCGGGCCGCAGCGGAAGACGAUUGGUCGGACGAGUUCGACGACGACCUGUACGAGGCGCCGCCCAGCGCUGCGCGUCUGAGGACGCUCACCGACGCCAUGUUCCCUACGAGCGCGGAGGACGAGUACGCGGUGCCGCGGCCCGUGAGCGGGAGCGGCCUUUUUGACGCCGACACGGCUAAAGACGAGGACGGCGUCGCGGGCCAAAACGUCUGCGCCAGGGCCGUGUACGACUACCAGGCCGCCGACGACACGGAGAUCACCUUUGACCCCGACGACAUCAUCACGGGAAUCGAGAUGGUGGACGAAGGCUGGUGGCGAGGUUACGGCCCCGACGGCCGCUACGGCAUGUUCCCCGCCAAUUAUGUUGAACUCUUGUGACCCGGUUUUUUUUUUUUUUUUUUGGUUCUUUUUCUUCCCGGCGGUCGUGACGCUUUGUCAAAUAGAAACUUUCAUAAACUGAUUCAAAAUUCUCCUUGUCGGAAAUGAAAAUACAAAUCUUUUGUAUCUGUUGGAAAUCUAAAAACUUUUGAAUACUCUGCGGACAAAUAUACUUACUAAAUGCAAAUGUUCCCAUUCCUAACUGUACAUUCGAAUGAGGGCUGCGAUAACGAACGCGUGUGCCCGAUCGCCCCAAAUGAUGGGCUGCGUCAUAUUGAUUUUGAUUUUGAGCGCACAAGCGGCGUUCCCUUCACGACUGAUGCAAAGACAACUGACCCCUCCGUGCAGGGCACUUAACCACGCCCCCUGAAGUUACGUCACCCCACGUGUGCUAAUGGCGGCGCAGGAAGAAAAGGCUAGAGCCAAACUGUCCGAUUUACCCGCUGAUUUCUCACUCGCAUUCUUAGCCAACAGUGAAAUAGGGUUGAAAAGCAGACAGCGGGGCUUCAAGUAUUUCAGCGAGGGCUAUUUCAAUGGGAUUUCCAUGCAUAUCGACGGAGAAACCAUCGAUAUUAGCGCGAGGUCUUUGCGGAGUCAGAGGAAGACCGAGAAGCCACGUAAUAAAAUAUAUUAUAACCCAAAGACAAA